AUCUCCUCCCCCCCCCCCGGCAUAGCGAAGCUUCAGCGCUCUUUGCGUCUUCUGUAGUAGUGUCUGGUAGCAUGCGAGGAAUGUAGUGGAUGCGCAGUUUUGAUGUAAUGUAGCUGGUUCAGUGUACACCUUCGUCUCCGUGUUGGUAGGUGAGUGGCCGUGGCGUUGGUGGAAUUUUGAGGACUGCCAUUAGGUUUUCUUUUGAAGGGAUUUGUACCGGCAGGCUAUUAGCGAGCAGAAAGUGGUGUGAGAUGUAUUGAGAGUGUGAAGAGUGUGUUCGUCUACUGGAUAAGGUGUAGGUUUCCUUUCUCAGUUGUACAGUAUCAGCAAUUGUGUUUGGAGCACGUGAGUGCGUCAUUCCGGAUUGUGGCGUGGCGCGAUCGUUUGAACAUUGUGAAGCUGUUGUACAGGAAAGCCAACUGCUGAAAGGAGUUGAAGAAGGCCGUCACGAAGUCGGUGUGGUCCCAUGGAGCCUCCAGUAUUGCCCGCAGGUCCAACUCUGAGGCGAGCAGCUACUUUCAGUUAUCGCCAGGAACGAGCCCUGCAGGACGUCAAUGGUCGCGCGAACGGUCUUAACAAGAGCCAGGAUCACCUCUCAACAGCAAAGAGCACCGCGGAUGGUCGAAAUGUAACGCGCCUACUGAAGCAGUUCUCAGCUGUGCCAUCUCGAUACGCUGCUCCCCUCGCUUCGAAGAAAAACCUCUCCACCACCGCGGAUAAGCCGCAGACUGGCCAAGCAAACAUGACGAAGCUGCCUUUCAUUACAGGAAGGGCAGCUCCAAGUCAUCAGAGGAAGCCUUCGGGAGACAGUCUGAAUUCUUCUCAACCUGCCAUGGUGUUUUCCGCUUCUGUAAGGGAGCCGAAGGCGGACACGUCUGCCAAGAAGGUGGCAGCGAACAGCAGCUCUCUGGGUGCGAAACGACCUCGAGUGGGCACGAAAACGAGCAUGGUGGAACAGAAGAGCCAAGUGGCGGCGCGAGCUCCGCGGGUGUAUUCGUUGGACAAGGGAGGAUGCUGGUGCUCGAAGAACGGUUCGGUUCGGGGCCCAGCGGAGGCGUCUGCAGCAGGGAGUGUGUCUGUGCUGUAUUCUGCAGCUCACUGGGUGCAUCUGAUCAAGCUCGCAGAGGGCGAGAAGAAGAACGACGUGGUGGUAGACUUGUUACGGGUGGCCGUGAGGUUGAAAGCGGAGCCCCGGGAAAUGGUGAAGGUGGAGCUGAAGCGGUAUGGAGAGGGUCACCCAAGCGACGAGGUCGUGCAGCAGCUUGUGGAGGAAUGCGAGGGAGUGGCAGGAGUGUCGGUGUCGUCGACGACGAUCGAAGGAGGCGAAGAAGGGGAGUCGAUAUCAGAGGAAUCAAAUGGGAGUGCGGCAGUGUUGAGUAACGGUGAUAGUGGUGCAGCUUGUGUGAGCAAGAUCACAAUCGUCGCACCAGUUGUUAGUGAGAACGGCGGCGCGGUGACGAAGGAUGUGGCAGCGAAGCGUCCACAUUUUAUGGGGAGGAUGUUGGCGAGGUCAGCAACUUUUUCUGUUGUGGACCCGAACUCGAAAUCGGUGCAUGCGAAAGCAGAGUAUGGUCGGAAAUUGGAGAAGACUUUGGAGUUUUUAGCAUCGCAAGCCGUAGCUCACUCUCCUGGGAAUGCUGGGGAUUCUGGUCGACCUUGUGCUUCGGAGUCACCGAAGCCAUCCCUUGCGAGUGUUGCUGAGGUCAAUACUACCCCCAAGUCUCGUAGCAAGUUUGAAGUUCAAUCACAGGGAGACAUUGAAGUAUCUGAGACCCUUCCUACUUUGGUGACUGACCUUGCAUCUCCAUCGUCAAAUUUAGACGAGAUAGCUACAUCAAAUAUCGAUGUGGCCUCUAACAUCGUCGAUAUGGUACCUAAGCCAGGCAGUUUGUUUUGCUUGGAAUCGGAAUCUGCGAUUAGCAGCUGCAUUUCAGUCGCUGAGGCGGGACCUGGACCCGAAUCUCCAGUAGCGAAUGGCAAUGCAGACAAGCCAGUGGAUUCCUUGUCUGAGUGGCUAGAUGUUGAGUCACCUGCAAUGUGCUCCCCGGAAAUUCAAUCGGCACGGACAGAGGUGAAGCAGAUCGAGGUGGAUGCUUUGACCAGUGAGGUGGUUUCGCACUCUCUGCCUCCCAAAGCCGCCGAGGUGAGUGAGAGUCCCUUAAGUGAUGGGCCUCACAGGAGAAGGAAAAGCUGGCAGGGCUCCGGAAACCUGUCUACGACGCCGUUUGCAGAGAAACCGAGUCGGUCCCACAAACAUACUUUGAGCGCGGAUGCUGCUAUUCUGAACGUUCGCUGCGGAGGGGAACGAUCACUUCUGAGUGUAGUAGACAAGGUCAAGUUGUUUACAGUGUUGGCAGAGAGCGGAGGUGUCACUUCAACGCCAGAAGAAAACUCUCUUUCCGGUUCUGAAGAGAUUGUGGAGGAUAAAGAAAUUGAUGAACCCAAGCAGAGCACUGGCGCAAAUGGGUAUUUCAGUCAGACUGUGAAGGAUGAAGUGCGUGAGUUGGAGUCUCCUGUUGAAAGUGUUAUUGACACAAAUCCUUCGGAAACUCCAGUUGGGUCAGAGACUAUUGUCGUGGCAGAGCCAAAUACUGCGCAAAACAAUGGCUUUAAUGCUCCUGUGACUACCCCUGUGAAGGUUUCCUCGAGGCGCAAGACAUUGAAAGGUGAUACCGUUCCCAUCCCCGCCACUCCAAGUGCCGCUACUCCACGUGAGUCUGGCAAUGGUGUGAUUCCGAGAGCUGGACAUCGCAGAGCGAGCAGCGUAGGGUACAUGACACCUAGAGGUCCAUUUGAUGGGGUUGUCGCGUGCUCACCCUUUGGGGAUAAUGGUGGCAGUCCAUCGUCGCACUCGUCGAAUGCGAAGAGUCAGCGCGUAUCCCGGGGAUACAGAGAAGUGACUCCGCGAAUGAAUCUUCCGAAACCUUCAUGGAUAGCAGUAGUAGAGCGGGAAAUGAAGGGGUCGAAGCUGAAGGAUCUUCUGGCUGCUCAGUUGCCAGAGGUGGUGAGUCCUUUGUCUGAGUAUCUGGAGGCUCAGAUGGGGAACCAGAAUAGGGAUCCUGAGAAUGGGACUUUUGGUGCAGUAGACAAGUGCGUGAGCUCUACGUGCAGCCCAGCAAAAAGCUACAUGAGAAUGACGAGAUCAUCUGCGCGGAAGCAGGCUGUAUCAAAAGAAGAGCAGAACGAGGGAUGUGGAGAACUGAAGCCCUCUCCGAAGCCCAAGUAUCCAGGCGAGAGUGAACAGGAUGCUGACACCAGCACCACUGGUUUCCGGACGCCAGGGUCAGCAGUGAGACGGUCUGCACGUAUCCAAAACAAAGUGCAGUCAAAAAGAAACGUGCUUUUUAAGGAGGAGUCUUCAACCAUGAUGUAGAUGUCAGAGCUGUCUAUCAAGGGCUUCCAUUUAUUCGCAAAUUGUUUUGCCUGCAUUUUGCUGUAUACUACAUGUUACUGCCUUCAAAUGGUAGAAAUUAAGUCUAGGUAGAUAAUGUAGAAAGCUUCGAUCAAGUGUUCAUUCAGCUUUGACUAUUCUGUACUUUCUCAGACGUGCAAGCCUGUCUGUUGUAUUCUCUCUGACGUUAGGCGUUUAUCUUCAUCUGUAAUAUAAAGUUUUGGUUGGAAGACUCCAUUGCCACUCUUGUGACAGGUGA